AUGACUAACUAUCUCUCACCGAAGGCUCUCCCGUCUGACACAACGCCGUGGUGGAAGAAGCCUCAUUUAUUGAAACUAAACACGAUCAUCUCUGGUCUGCUGCUGUUCUCGGGCACCGUGGGCUACGAUGGCUCGCUGAUGAACGGCCUGCAAUCCCUUGGACAGUGGCGAGAAUUCAUGAAUCAACCAGCUGGAGUAUGGCUGGGAUUCAUCAAUGCGAUCCAGUUCAUAGGCGUGAUGAUCACAUCCCCAAUACAGGCGUGGGCUGCCAACCGCUUUGGGCGUAAGCCCACCCUCUUCAUCGGCUACAUAUUCCUCCUCGCCGGCGCUGGUCUGCAAGCCGGGGCAAAGGACCAAGUCAUGUUCAUUGUUGCUCGCUUUCUAGUGGGAGUGGCCAGCGCUUGGUUCACCGUGGCGGUUAUCUUAAUCGCCGAGAUCUCCCACUCAACCCAUCGCUCCAAGCUCUCUGCGAUGUUUCAGUGCCAGUACUAUCUCGGCAGUACCCUUUCAGCAUGGGUAUCAUUCGGCUGUCGCAACAAUGAUUCUUCGUGGGCGUGGCGAAUUCCCUCGUUGAUGCAGGUGGGAAUCCCUCUUUGUGCCUUGCCGCUUGCUCUUCUUGCGCCGGAGUCCCCUCGAUGGCUUAUCAGCAAAGAUCGUCAUCAAGAAGCAUUUCAAAUGCUUGUCGAGCACCAUGCAGGGGGAGAUCAAACUUCUUCUCUCGUUGCUUCAGAGAUGCAGGAGAUUGCCCAGUCCAUUGCAAGCGAGCGCGAAGCGCAGAACUCCACAAAGUGGACCGACAUGGUUAAGACCAAAGGAAACCGUCGUCGCUCAUUUAUCAGCGCUACCUUGGGUAUCUUUGCCCAGUGGAAUGGAGUUGGGAUAGUCUCCUAUUACCUUUCAUUGAUUCUCAAUAACAUUGGAAUCACCUCGGUCACAGACCAGCUCAUGAUCAAUGGUUUCCUCCAAGUCUGGAAUUUCUUGAUGGCUAUUGUAGGCGCAAUGCUUGUCGAUCGUCUCGGUCGUCGACCCCUCUUCCUGCUAUCGACCAUCAUCAUGCUCAUGAGCUACAUCGUCAUCACCGGUCUAUCUGGUAGCUUCGCCACAACAAACUCCAAUAGCGUGGGUAUCAGCGUGAUCCCGUUCUUGUUCAUCUACUACGGCGGAUACGACCUCGGUUUUACGCCCUUACUACUAGCCUAUCCAGCGGAGAUCUGGCAAUACUCCCUGCGCGCAAAAGGUGUGGCGCUCACUUCGACGUGUACCUAUUUGGCUUUGGUUUUCAAUACUCUCGUCAACCCCAUUGCGCUGGACGCCAUUCAGUGGAAAUACUAUAUCGUAUAUAUUGCCCUCUUGGUGCUGAUUCUGCUGGUCGUUUACUUCACAUACCCUGAGACUCGGAGACAUUCGUUGGAAGAGAUUGCUUUGAUAUUUGAUGCCGAUGAAACCUCGAAGACAAACAUUUUUGAUGUGGGCGAAGGGAAGAUCGAUUCGGAGAUUGAACAUGUCGAAGGCACGACACCUCGCUCUUGA